AUGGGGAGUCGUGACUUUUGGGAUCAUAAAAAAUUUCAAAUGUCUUUUAGGGCACAUGACCACAAGGAGACAGCGUCGAUCAUCGCUAGCGGGAAGGUACUCUCUCUCUCUCUCUCAAUCUCGCAAUCUCACAAGCCUGUGAUGAAAGGAACACACCCUUCUCCUCGGGACAGCCACAGCUCCAUGGCCGUCGGGUCUAAGCUCUAUGUGUUUGGUGGUACCGAUGGAACCAGCACGCUCGAUGGCCUCUUUGUUUUGGAUAAUGAUACUUUUGUCUGGAAGAAGAUUUCUACCACUGGAGUCUUGCCUAUUCCUCAGGAUAGCCAUACCUGCUCUUCCUAUAAGAACUGUUUCGUUGUCACGGGUGGCGAGGAUGGUAGUAAUCCAGAAACAAUGGCAUGGUGGGAGGUAAAGAUGACUGGUGCCGAGCUGAUGCCAGGAGCCGGGCACACAACAAUCAGCCAUGGAAAGUUUCUCGCUUCGACUGGUGUUUGGGCGACUUCGAAUCCCUCUGGUCCCGGGCCUUCUCCACGUUUCUCCCUUGCAGGAGAUUCCGUGGAUGCAAAGCAAGGCAUAUUAUUCUUCUAUGAGGGAUGUAACAAAGAGCUUGAAGCUCUGGAUGACAUGUAUUUCCCUUUUAUUGACAUUGCUGCCAUUCUUGACAAUAUGGUUGCUGUUUUUAUGUGA